GCGAAACAGACAACUUGCUCUUCACGACAAUGACGCUGAACCCAGCCAGGCUACAUCUGGACUAUGAGUCCGCCAAGGCCACGCAGUUCGGGAAGCCUCUCGUGAACAGCAUGUUCACGCUGGCGUUGCUGGUGGGGAUGUCCGUCCUCGAAACAACGCACGGCACAACCAUCGCCAAUCUCGGAUUUGAAGAGGUGGUUUUCCCCAAGCCCGUCUUUUAUGGGGACACGCUGAGGGCCGAGACUCAGGUGAUCCAGAAUCGUCCGAGCUCCUCCAACCCAUCUCGUGGCAUCGUCACUUUUGAGCACCGNNGCGCCUUCAACCAGAACGGCCAGGUGGUGUGCAAAGCUCGGCGCAACGCAAUGAUGCGCAAGCGUCCUUCCAACCUUUGA